AUGGCAACAUCAAAUCUUCAUGUACGUCGCAAACUUCAGUCAGACCAACCAAAACAGGAAGAACAUUGCGAUGACGGCAGCAAAAACAAUAGGAAACGGAGGAAUGAAGUGGGGAUAGCCAUGAGUGCUGUAGCAUUGCUGGCAGUGGUUGUUUUGCUGGGGUAUAUCUUCCUGUUGCCAAGACACCAAAAACGAGCCUUCCUGCAAGUGAUAAAGAAUCCAUGGGCUCAUGGUGGUGCUGCAUUUAUGUCACGAGAAAAUGUGGCUGGAUUCCAGCACCACUUCUACUCGGGGCCGCCCUCUUAUGUAACUGUCGUCAUGCCAUCGGUAGUCAACCCCAAAGGUAGACCGAACCGCUUGCAAUCCAUUCAAGAGACCUGGGGACCUCAUGCACGGUCUAUCUUUGUUCUCUCCAAUGUCACACAUGAAUUCCCAGCUGCCAUGGUUCACAAUGCCAUUAUCUCGGAAGCGACACAACCCGAAAAUCCCUUUCGCUACCCGCAAGCUCUUCAAGUACCAGAAGAAAUUGGUGAUGCCAAUGGAGUCCCGAGAUUACAGUUUGUGAUCCGAACCGUUCAUGAAAAAGUCAAUCCGGACUUUGCUUUUUUUGUCAAUGACCAUACCUUUGUCAUUCCAGAACACCUCUGCAAAUACCUACAAAAUUUUGAUCCAGCAAUGGACUUGUAUGCAGGACACGCCUUAAAAUCCGACAAUGACGUAUUCAAUAGUGGUGCAGCUGGGUAUCUACUUAGUCGCAACACAAUGAAGAAGCUGGUCAAAGCCUGGCAAGGGACAGACCCGCACUGUACUCUGGACCCCAACAAUAGAAAAUCGAAAUGGUUGCAAGGCAACCCAGGCGUCAUGUCAGCCGUUUGCCUGAAAGAAGCACUCAAUGUGACUGCUAUUGAUACCCGAGAAGACAGCAAAUUUCACAGGUUUCAUGCCUUUCCAUUGACACGGUCUGUUUCUGGAAGCGUCGACAAGUGGUACAUGAACAAGCACACAGCCGAGAUGGCGCAAAAGAUUGGAGCCGAUGAAUCUUACGCCACACUGCUCCAGGGUGAUGAUUGCUGUGCCAAAUCCACUGUUUCCUUCCAUUAUGUGGAAUACCUAGAAACUCGAGCCCUGUUUGCCACACGAGAACGAUUGUUGGCCAAUCCGCACUUGACCGACAAGGAACUUAUGACUUUGAUGAUCCAGCUGUGGCCCACGGGUCGCAAAGUCGGUGCCUACUCUCGUGCAUUGCCGGACAGUCAGAAUGUAGAAGAGUGGAAGGCAUUGAUGAGAACUGUACGGAAAAUCGCCACUCGUGAAAUGCAACAAGAAUGUUAUUUAUAA